CCAAAUGAGCACCGAGGUGUGUCCACACUGUGGGAAGACCUUCAAAAGGCUGAAGAGUCACCUGCCUCACUGUAAGGCAGCAUCAAGCUCUAAAACACCUCAAACCGCACGAGAUGGCACAACUUCUCAGACUCCAUCAGCUCACCCGGCUGCAGCGCUGUCCAAAACAUCCAUCCAAGGACAGAAGACCAAACAGACCUGUCUCCAAGCAGAGAAGGAUAAAAUGGCUGCAUCACCAAAACCAUUACUGGUGUCACCUUCAAGUACAACGUCAGCUAAGAAGAAGCAGAAGGUGGCCGAUCAAACCAAGUCCACCACCUUGUUCCCGUCUCCACCCCCACCCACUUUUUCAAAGCCAAAAAAGAAGAGCCUCCGUGCUUUGAUAGAAGCAGCAAAGUUGGACCAAAUGACAAAAGAGUCGCAGAAGAAAACUGAAGAGUCAAGUUUUAGCUGCAGUAAACGGAACAAGAUUCUGGAGUCAAAUGUGAAAGAAAAUGCCACGAACCCUCAUGCAAGAGACGGCUUCAGAGUGGAAAACCAGGAGGAGACGGAGGAGAGUCCUGCUCAGAAGCUGCUCUCAAAAUCGGGAAGUGGUCAAGUGAAGGUUACGCUGCAAGACGUUAAAGCCACUUUAUGCAGAGCUAACGGGCACGGUCGCUCCGACAGGCCGAGCAUCCCGAGCCUCAUUGUUGCUGCCGACCUCCAGAGCAGCAACAUUAGACUCGACGCAGAUUUUAGUUCCGUUACAACGAAGAACCUAAAAGAUGCCGUCAGCCUCUCUGCCUCAGAUCUGCUGCUUCGGAGCAACGGGCAACUCUCAGAACUACAGUUAUUUCACCGAAAGUCAAAACCGUCUGCUUUGAUUCCACAGCAACAAGGUGCAGCUUGUCAGCUAGAACCAGAUUCUCCUGCUGCUUUCAUCCUUUCUGCUUCUCAGGUGCAGCAAGCCACGCCCCCUCCAGGUAAGCUCAGCCUGAAUGUGGAUCAACGCACGACACGGCUCCCCUCGGGAUCGUCAGCCGUCAGCCCGUUCUCCAGCUUCCUGCUUUCUCCUGCCGCUGCACAAACUUUGCCUGCGAGGGUCGAAGAGUCGCAGCUCGAGGUCGGGAAACCAAACGCUGCAGAAAACCCAGCUGAAGGAGCUUUGACGCAGAAGAGUCUGGGGCAGGUGAGACUGAAGGAGUUACCCACGUGGCUGGCCUCCAGAACGCCGAGUCGGCCGAGAGACGUUGCAGAUUUGGUGCAAAGCGGCUGGCGGUGGUAUUACAGACGGUACACAGACGUAAAGAAAGGCGGCGUCGCUGGACUGAGCAUGCUGCUGGUUGGAUACUGUGUGCUCAGCUACAUCUGGAGCUACCCUCAUAUCAAGUUGAGUCGUUGGAGGAAGUAUCAUUAAAGAUGAAGGAACACGUUUGAACAGCCGCUGUCAGAAGAGGAAGCAUCUGAAUCAUAUUUAUUUCGCCCCAAUCCUGAAUGGGCGCUGGAUUAUAUGUGACAAAUUGUUAUACGUUUGUCUCAAAUUCAGCUGACAAAUGUUUUUUUUAGGAGAGUGGUGGCUUCCAUAUCACCAUGACU